AUGUAUAUCCCACUUCCCCGAGCCCGAGCCUCCGGGUCUGAGGCUGAGCGGCGGGCAAUUUCGGUUGUAGGUUGGACAAAAUUUAUGGAAUUGGACCCCUCGACCCCUCUUACGAAGAGACAGGUCGGCAUCUCAGGAGGGAACACUACGAACGUCACGGUCGGCGUAACUGUCGGAGUCGCCAUUCUCAUCUUCAUCCUCGGCGCGUGCGCCUUUCUCUACUUCUAUCGGGCACCCCUCAACAGGAUCAGCCGCCGCCGCCGUCGAAGUCGCCGUCACAUAUACCAUAAGUCUGUUAGUUCGCGAAGUUCCAAAAGCUCAGCCACGGACGGCCCGCCGGGGCCACCUCCGUCCGGGCCCCCACCUCCCGCCGACCCUCCGGCGAAUCCUCCGACUCCGCCUCCUCCUGCUGCUGCACCAGCGGAUAAGGAAUAG